CUAGUGCCCAUUUCCCCCUCCUCUGCGCUUGCUGCUGGCGCUUUGUCUGUCUUCAGAGCAGCCUGUGGUGGAGCUUGACCUUGCUGGGUCUCCUGCGAGCCUCUUUUUGGCCUAAGAUUCCCAACUGGACCUACCCACCAUGUCAGCUGCCCCGCGCCUCCUACACCAGGAGCUGUCCUGCCCGCUGUGCCUGCAGCUGUUCGACAGGCCCGUGACAGCAGAAUGCGGCCACAGCUUCUGUCGCGCCUGCCUGAGCCGCGUGGCGGGGGAGCCCGGGGGGGAUGGCACGGUGCCCUGUCCCACUUGUCAAGCACCCACGCGGCCGCAGGCGCUCAGCACCAACCUGCAGCUGGCGCGCCUGGUGGAGGGGCUGGCGCAGGUGCCACAGGGCCACUGCGAGGAGCACCUGGACCCGCUCAGCAUCUACUGCGAGCAGGACCGCACGCUCGUGUGUGGAGUGUGCGCCUCGCUCGGAGCGCACCGUGGCCACCGCUUGCUGUCCGCCGCCGAGGCCCACACGCGUCUCAAGACGCAGCUUCCCCAGCAGCAGCAGCUGCUGCAGGAGGCAUGCACGCACAAGGAGAAGAGUGUGGCCCUGCUCCAACACCAGCUGGCCGAGGUGGAGGAGACCGUUCGACAGUUCCGGGAGGCCGUGGGGGAGCAGUUGGGGAAGAUGCGGGGGUUCCUGGAUGCUCUGGAGAGCUCUUUGAACCGGGAGGCAGCUCGCUUGCAGGAAGAGGCAGGGCAAGCCCUGCGGCGGGAGCUGGGGGGCUUGGGCUCUUACCUGGAGCAGCUGCGGCAGAUGGAGAAGGUGCUGGAGGAUGUAGCCGAAAAGCCGCAGACUGAGUUUCUCAUGAAAUACUGCUUGGUGACCAGCAGACUGCAGAAGAUCCUGGCCGAGUCUCCACCGCCGGCCCGCUUGGACAUCCAGUUGCCCAUCAUUUCAGAUGACUUCAAAUUCCAUGUGUGGAGGAAGAUGCUCCGGGCUCUGAUGCCAGGGGCGCUCGGCGUGAUGGCCGCCCAGGCCGGUCGCCGCGGCCGGCUGCACGCGGUGCCCUCGCAGGGGCUGUGGCUGCUGGGCCUGCGCGACGGCAAGGUCCUGGAGGCCCACGUGGAGGCCAAGGAGCCGCAGGCGCUGAGCUGGACCGAGAGGCGGCCCACGCGCAUUGGCCUGUACCUGAGCUUCGGCGACGGCCUCCUAGCCUUCUACGACGCCAGCGACGCCGACGAGCUCGCCCUGCUCUUCGCCUUCCGCGAGCGCCUGCCCGGGCCCGUGUACCCCUUCUUCGACGUGUGCUGGCACGACAAGGGCAAGAACGCCCAGCCGCUGCUGCUGGUCGGGCCGGACGGCGGCACGAAGGCCUGA